AUGGCCGGAUGCAAACAAGAGAUCGAGAGUUUCUUUGGCCAGACUGCAGCGACUCGCUCGGAAUGCGAUGCGUUUGCCAGGGGCCUUGGUGGUGAUGUCGUCCCGGUGGCAGCCCAGGGCGUCUGCAGCUACACCGUCUACGCCGGCCCAAACAGCGAAUUCGUGGCUCAGUUUCGCCUGAAGAGCUCCCAGCUCAACAUGGAGACCAUGGAUCUGGCUCGAGAUAUAUACGGCGAGUUUGCUCCACAGGUCUCCUUUCGUGGACAGAUCGGGGCAGCGGUUGAGGGCAAAGAGCCCCUUUACAUCUAUGUCAUGAGCCGGAUACGCGGCAUCAGCUACCUCGACUUCAUCCUGGCGCACAACAGCCAGGAACCGGAAGACUCGCCUCUGUUUUCAUUAUGGCGCAAGAAUCUCGUAACUGACGCUGCGAGGUUCUUUGCGCUUUCAUGGAAAGCUCCCCAGGAUGUUGACCAAAUGUACCGCCGCAGCUUGCACCAGCGAUACAAAAAGGACCUGGAGCUGUUGCUUAUUUCUCUCCCCACGCGCUUUCGGACUGUAAUCGAGGAUCUACUUACAUCGUUACCAGCAAUUCUGUCCCUUCCCAUGGUGCUGCUUCACAAAGACUUCGGUGUCGGCAACAUCAUAGUGGAUGAAGCGUCAUGCAAUAUAGCAGGCGUAGUGGACUGGGCCGAAGCUGAGAUUGCGCCCUUUGGUUUGAACCUCCACGCUCACCAGCGACUGAUAUGUAAGGUCCAUCUCAAGACUGGCUGGGCUAGAUACGACGACUAUGACAUGCUGGAAGACACCUUCUGGACCACGUUCAGUCGGGAGGCAGGAGAACUAGACGGUGAUACCGUCAGGCCAUCAAGACGGCAAGAAUUCUGGGAUUGUUGCUGUCCCGUGGCUUUACGAGCCGUCUUGCGGAUGCGCCGGAGCCAGCGCCUAUCCAGGAUGAUGAAACCGGAGCAUACAAUAUGCGUGAUCUCGAUGGACUGUUAA